AUGCCAAUGGUAUGUAUCCUAUUCUAUGGAAUGCACCCAAUUUCUAACACAGACAUACGUAAUAAACUAGGUGAAAGCAGUAGCCAAGAUUCUCUUCGUUCGUGUCUUCCAUUGAUUUCAAAUUUGAACCAUAUUGCAUCUAAACAUUAUAAUGAUCUCAAUGCAUUUGAAAAGCAAAAAUGCACUGACAUGCUAGCAGAGCUUCGCAAGUUGUAUAGUGCAAAAGAAAAAAUGCUCAACAAGACCACUUUUCAGUUUAUUGGCGAUCCAAUACCACCCUCGUCAAUCGAGACAACAUCAUUAAAACUCCGUCAUGAAAUAGAAGUUAAACCACAACUACAUGGCUUACGUCUCCGGAAGCAUAUAAUCAGCACUAAUCUACCCCAUAUGCUUAUUUCAGAUAUACAAGAAUCUAUAUUAUCUAACUGGAAACAAGACCCGAUCAGAUCAAUACAUUUGCAGGAUAUUGAUUCGUCCAUAUUGCAUUUGGUGUCUAAUGGACCUGUUAUAGUGGAAAGAGCCCGCAAUUCGGUCUUGAUAAUCGAUUGCCAUCAACUUCGGCUCCACGAAGUGGUGAAUUGCACCAUUGUGGUCAAUGUGAGUAAUGAUCGAAUAGUGAUUGAAACAUGCAAUAACCUCAAAAUUGUGCCACAAAAAGAAAAACUAUUAACCAUUGAUGAUUUCAGCUGGCCUACAUUGGGAGAAGUGAACCCCCACUACACAAUUUCAGACGCUCAAGACUACGCAUGGAUUGAAGAGAUUCAAGAGGGAGCCUUGAAUUCCGCACAAUUGACACAAGUCAAAAAAGCCGCAGAAACACGAGAGGGGAGUGACCCAUCUGGAUGA